AUGGCCAAGCUGAGCGGAACCAGGCUCGGAGCCUUUCGUGCUUAUUUUUUCGGAUUUUUUGUCUGUACUGCCGGGUUUCUGUUUGGAUAUGAUACCGGUGUUGUGGGUGGCGUCCUAACGCUAACGUCUUACGAAAACGACUUUCGCUACACCGACUCAACAACUGUCAGCGCGGUGAUGGUUAGUCUGCAGAACGCAGGCGCCUUUAUCGCCGCUUUGGGUAUCUUCCCCAUCUCCGAGCGAUUCGGUCGCAAGUACACGAUCCAACUCGCCAUGUUGACUUUCUGCAUUGGCGUUGUACUCGAGGUUGUCCCUUCGCACUCGCUGGCCUGCUUCUACAUCGGACGGGUUAUUAGUGGGCUUGGCCUCGGUUCAGCUACAGCAGUUGUCCCCGCAUAUAGCGCCGAGAUGUCGCCUAAGGAGAUCCGCGGCAAGCUUGGCGGUGCCAUGCAGUGUCUCUUUGCUCUAGGCGUCAUGAUUAGCUACUGGAUUGACUAUGGAGUCGAUACGAACUUGCCGGCGGUUUCUAAGCAGUGGCAGAUCCCAGUUGGACUACAGAUGGUGCCGGCCGCAGUACUAGGUCUUGGUCUGCUCACUGUGCCUGAAAGUACGCGCUGGCUCGCCAAAAAGGGACGGACUGAUGAAGCCUGGCAGAGUUUGCAAUGGAUUCGUGCUAGUGAUGGCCCCGAAGUAAAAGCCGAGUUCAACGAGAUCCAAGUGGGUCUUGAAGAAGAGCUAAGGGCCACUGAGGGCCUCAAGAAGCGCGAGCUUCUAGAACCUGCAAACCGCUAUAGGCUUGCUCUCGGCUUUUUCAUGUUCUUAGCCCAGCAAUGCACGGGUAUGACUUCACUCGCAUACUUUGGGCCGCAAUUCUUCAAGACUAUUGUCGGCAGUAACAAUAGCCAGUCUCUGCUCAUCACGGGGCUCUUUGGUGCCGAGAAGUUCGUCGCUGUCACCGUUUACCUCUUGUUCUUUUCGGAGAUGUGGGGACGAAAGCCGACUCUUAUGAUUGCUGCUUUCCUGAUGGCCCUCUGCUUCGUGAUUGUGACCAUCCUCAACCAUACCACGGUGGCCGUAACCGAUUCAGGCGCGACAACCGCCGGACGAGCAACCGUGGCGAUGAUAUUUCUCACCAACGCCGUCUACCAGUUUAGCUGGGGACCACUCCCAUGGCCGUACUGUGCUGAGAUCUUUCCAACUCGCAUCCGUGAGGUUGGAGUCUCAGUCGCCGUAUCUACACAGUGGCUCUUCAACUUCAUGUUCUCCCUCGUCACACCUUACAUGAUUGCAGCCUGGGGCAGCUAUACCUUCAUCUUUUUCGCUGGCUGUGAUAUUGUCAUGGGUCUGAUUGUCUUUUUCUUCGCGAAGGAGACCAAGGGGAAGAGUUUGGAAGAGAUGGAAACCCUCUUCCACAGCAAGGCUGCUUUUGAUGUGAUUGCUGCAAGAAACAAGGGGCUGACAUCUGACGAGGUCGACGGUGCGCACGUCGGACCUAAGGACGCUUAA